AUGCAACCCACUCAUUUCGAGUUCAAAAGACACUUAAUUUCGGGUGGAAAAGUUGCCUUAAGAAUUCCAUUUGCAACUAAAAAGGCACCAAUAUCACAGACAACUAGUUUAGAACAUGAGUUAGUUAGUGUCAGAUGUGACAGCAUAAGGGGUUCCUUCUACAAUUUGUUGCGCAAACAUAAACAACAGAUUGAGAAUGAGUAUUCGGUAAAAUGUACUAUUGAUAAGAACGAUAAAAAUGUAUCCCUUAGGAUCUAUGGGAAAAAUUCCGACCAGGCUAUGGGACAUUCUCUUCAAUUAUGCUUAGACAGUAAAGUUUACAAUUUCUACCUAUGUCUUCCUGUCAUGGGAAAGACUUUUAACAAGGAGUUGGAUGAGUUUAAGGCAAAUUAUCAGGAUAAAUUCGUGGGAGCGAAAUGGGAAACACGGCCGCACGUAACACUCAAAAUGUUAAACAUUGUAACCAAUCAACAAUUAGCCUUCACAAACAACCUUUUGACUACCAUAACCAAACAAAUACAACUGAAAUCUACUUUUAUUGAGCCUGUGUGCUUAGAGCUGAGCGCUUUGGAUAUUUUUGAGGAAAGAGGUAAAAAUGCAUAUCUACCCCUUUUUGUACAUACAACACUAAACAAUCCAAUAGAUGGCGUAUCUAAACAGCUAAUAGAUGCAGUAUCUAAUAGAUACUGCUUUAAAAAUGAAAUAAUCAAGCACUACACAACUAUUACUGAUUUUGAGGAUGAAAGUGAAAUGAUAAUGGAUGAUGGUUCACUUUACAUACACUCAUAUGACGCUAAAAAUGACAUUGUCGCCAGUAGUCAAAGCACAGCAACUAACGCAAUUAAAGAACAUAAAAAUGAUCAAUGUGAUUAUAUAGAGCAACAAAAUAAAGAUGACCCUGAAUUACAGUUUCCACAUGUUACGCUCAUUAGAUAUAAAAAUUAUAAGGAUGCAAUUGGCCUGCAAGGUCCAAGAACUGGAUUGGUUAUUACAUGUGAGCUAAGACCAAGACAUGGUGAGACUACAUGGCCCUAUACAACAAUGGCUGGGGAUAGUUUUGCAUUUUCGUACAACUUAUUGCAUCAUACACAUGAUGAACAAUAA